GAUAAUUAAUAUUUAAGGACGAUAUAAGGGUACGUACUGGUCAGAGACAUGGAGAAAGAAGAAGAAGAAAGGGAAAGGUAAAAAAAAUGAAGAAAAAAAAGAGAGAAAAAGCAAUAGGAUGGAGGGAGAAGGCGGGAAGGAAGAGCUGCGUUCGUUGUUGAGGGCGUGACAGAGAAAAGCAGAGAGAGAGAGAGAGAGAGAAAGAGAGAAGGAACUAGAUAGAGAGAAAGAAAGACGAAGAGGAGAUCAGGGUUCGUAGUGGAGUGGGAUCAGAUGGUACGUAGUCAGUGAGUAGGUAAGGGGUGAGAGUGGGUGGUGGAUCCCUAGUUAGCCAUGACACAUUGGCAAGCCAUCGUGCCAGCAUGGCAGUAGCCGACGUUAGUAUUCGCAAGGACUUUGAUGCGAUAUCGUCUUUUCUUUUAAAACAACUUUUACCCAACUUAAAACAAACCCCCUAUCUUCAAGCUAAUACACAGUGAUCCACAGUUACAACUAAAAAGUCUGAUUCCUGAAUAUUAAAACAAGUGCUCGAUUAAAACUAUAACUGUGUAUGUAACUAAACAUUACUGAGGUAUCUGCUGAUUUAUUAUUGUAUAAGAGCUUUAUCAAUGUGAACAAAACCAACUUGGAGGAAAAAGGAUUCUGUUUAAAGUGUCCAGUUUUUUUUGGUGGAUCGUAGAUUCAUUGGUGUACCAAUCUUGAUCAGUUCAUCCCUUUACUAAUGAGAAUGUUUAAGGAUUAAUGUGAUUUCAUAUACAAAUAAAAGUGAUAACUUUGUGGUAUUAAGAGAAUUAGAAGAUCUACAAUGAGUAUAUGUGGAUGAUCUGGUGAACUUUUAACAAAAAUCAUUUCAAUUUAACACCCAAACCUAUAGAAAUAUGAAUAUGGAGUUUGGCAGGAUCUUGUGUAGAUAUAAUUAACGAAGAAUUGUUUUAAAUGUAACGGCAAAAUUUAAUUUGGUGUCCUUAUACAGCGAAUUUAAACCGUUAGAAGUACGGAGUGUUCUGUUCUUGUUACCUGAUGUAUGUCGAGUCUGUCUUGUUGCCUGUCAAGUGGAUUAACAAAAUGAAAGGAUUAAAAUUUGAACAAAAGUGUUAGUUGAAGAACGUGUAAAAGUGUUUGAAUUGAUAAUUAUUUAUCAUGAGGAUGAAAGAAAACUUAAACAGUUCAAAUUUCAUAUGGAAAAUGUUGACCGUACGAUGCAAAUGGAAGAAACCAGGGAAUUCUUACUUCUUGCCAUAAUCAUCAAAUCGAAUGCCAGAUGUUUUAGAUCGAUACAAUUGUGCAUCGAUCGAUCGAUUAAGAGAAUAUGAUUUUAAAGGAGAGAGACACACUUUAUCUAUUUUAUCCUGGUUCGAGUAUGUGUCACGUGGGAGAAGAUGCACAUGGUUCUAAAUCUAUGAAUGAAAAUAUUUCGUAGGUUUCCUGUAGAAGCCCUUAGAGGAGACCGGCAGGUCUUCCAAGCCAUAAAGAAAUUGGCUGCGCUGACGGAGCUAUGCGUGGUUGCCAAGGUUACCGGAGGGGCUGGACCAGAUCUUUCUAGAGAGAGAGAAAGGAGCAUUGGCGCUAUCGAGGAUUUUGAGGAGGGGCGGGCUACGGGGGGGUCGCUUCUAGGGGAGCUUGCAACCAGAAAUUUUACAGAGAUGGAGUUUCUGCAGAAUCAUCACACGGUGAACACCUCCGAGUCGCCGUAUACUCUCGGCACAGGAUCGGUGGGUACAAUCGAGGCGACCAUACCAUCCGCACUUUGCACCGGUUCAUUGGGUGUUCUUUCGAACGAAGAUACCUUGACCGACAAUCAAAAUGAAGAAACUUUAAGUGCUUUGCAAGGUACAUUACGUUUGCAAGAUUUGCAAGCUUCUACGGACGAUAUUACGGGAAGUGGUGAUCAAACUCAACAACAAAUUACAAAUUCAGGCCAAAGCCAAGUGGUUGGUAGUGAAUUUGGUAGUGGGUUUUGGGUCGACGAUAUGGCAGGUUUUCCACCAUUGGAUUUAGAUCCUUUGCCUGGUUUGUUCAGUCCUUGUUCUGGGACUUACAAUUGGGGAUGUCCAAGAGGUGAUUGCGUACCAAGGACGAACAACGGGAACGGCGAGGGUGUCGCGGACGUAUUGUUAUCCUUGAAACAUGCCGUGGUACAUCCUGGAAGUCCUACAGGAGGGUAUUAUUCUUCAACGGGAGGCCCUAAUACCCAUCACUAUACCCAAGAUUACACCCAAAACUUAGGCCCACCCGUAGGCCCGCCAACGCAUUACACUUCGGCACCCGCAAUGUCUGUCAACGUUUCCAUGAAUAUGACGAUGAACAUGAACUUGCAUCAUGGAUACGAGCAAGGUUAUUCGUCGGCAUGGGGUGCAGAGCCCUUGUUAAGUCCCGCUCCUCAAUACAAUCCAGUAGAAGCACAGACGAGAGUAAAUCAAGCACCAACCAAUGGGCUGAUAGGUGGUAGUAGUACUGGUCACGCCCACGCUCAUCCCCAUCCACAUUCUCACCCCCGUCUCCAAGGACCGAACGAGCAUGCGCUUUGUGUCAAUGGUGGAGGAGCAACAGUCACCACCCCGGACGACAAUGGCAGGCCAAACCUUUGCAGGAUAUGCGGAAAAUCUUAUGCUCGACCUAGUACUCUCAAAACUCAUCUUAGGACUCAUUCUGGCGAGAAACCGUUUAGAUGUCAUGCAUGUUCGAAAGCCUUCAGCCAAGCUGCCAACUUGACUGCCCAUACGAGAACACAUUCAGGAGAGAAACCAUUCCGAUGUCCAGUUUGCGAUAGAAGAUUUUCACAAAGUAGUUCCGUGACGACACACAUGAGAACUCAUUCCGGGGAACGUCCUUACAGAUGUCGGCUCUGCAAAAAAGCGUUCUCUGACAGUUCGACGCUGACAAAACACUUACGAAUUCAUUCCGGUGAGAAACCUUAUCAAUGCAAGGUAUGUCUCCUAAGAUUUAGUCAAAGUGGCAAUCUCAACAGGCACAUGAGGGUUCAUACAGCAACCCUAACGUGACACAAUUCAACGAAGACAAUCGAUAGCAAUCAUUCGCUGCCACGAUAUUGUCGAAUACCAGUUAUACGGCAUGGAACUGGAACUAUUACUACUACUACUACUACAAUUAAUACUACUAUUACUACUACUGCUAUUACUACUACUA